AUGUAUGCCCGUGCGCAGAGAACGUCGUCUGUGCGAGAAUCUGCAGGGGUUGGCGAGCAUCGCUUGCCUCGCGGCUUUGAAAGGAUGCCGGCAUCACCGGAGGCACGUGUAGCUUGUGAGCGUGAGGAGGAGCUAGAACGGCUACAGCAGUCGGUGGAAGCGGCGGCGGAACUUGUUUUCCAACAACGCCUUGCCAUUCAUCGCAUGAAACGCAGCGCAUUUGUCUCAGAAAUAAAACGACGGCCUUUUUAUAAUUCCGGGAGCGGCAGGGAUGCGUACAGUGACGCGUUGAAGCAGUUAGUGGAUUUGGAGGAUAAUUUGUCCCAGGAAUCGAGUCGUUGUAUUCGUGCAUCGAACGUGACGGCCCUUCACCUCCUCAACGAGAAGCAGUACUCACGUACGCUGCAGAUAUUACUUAGAGUGGAGGCCCUUGCCCAGAAGGGGGCUGGAAUGUGGUUUCCUCUUUUUUUUAGCACGGAGUGUGGCAUGGUGGGUGCCGGGGAAUUUGUUCAUUUUGCAGGGGAUCGUCGCAGCGGGGAUGAGGAAGGUGUGCAGGAGAUAUUUGUUCCAUUCUUCACUACACGUCAUGAGAAGAUGCGACAACUUGUUCUUGCUGUGAUCGAUAAUAAUAUUGGUUUGUAUCAUUUCAAGAUUGCGGAGUACGAGCUGGCGGUGCGACGCAUGUCCCGCGCGCUCCACCUGGAGGAGUUGUUAGGGGUGGAAACAAUUGGAGUGACUUACUUUAAUCUUGCGCAGGCCCAGUAUGAGUGUGGUAGUCUAGAGGACGCCUUUUCGGCCAUCACUUUGGCAGAGGAGGCGAUUGAGAAGCGCAUUCACGAGUACCAGUCUCAAAAUAAUCGCCUUCGCUGUAUUGUUGAUUGCAGCGGCAGUGGGGUGAACAACAUUCCGGGAUUAGAGGGACGGAGGCUUGACGUCUACAUCGGCUGGCGAGAGGGUGUUUGUUUGCUCUCACGUGUGUUGGAGGCUCACGGAAGGUGGCUGCAGAGUAGUAACGCCUACAAGUCAGCUAUAAAUUGUUAUGAACAGAGCGAUAGGUGGCUGUCGUCUGUGAAGCGGCUAAGCGCGGAGGAGGACAACUGGCGACAGGAACUGCGGCAACGCAUACAGGAAUGCAGGCGUCUUCAACGGCACAUCUGUUGUUUCCCCAAAUCCACCGUGCUCUUUUCAUCCCCCGUUCCUGGCGUGCCUUCGGGCUCUCCGCGUAGCACCGUCGUCACGACGACGCUUCCACGUAAGAUUGAGAUCACAGCCUGCGCGACACCGUUUGAUAAUGGUCAAAAGGGGAUUGAAAAGGAGGGCAGCAAAGGAAUUGACCAGCGGCAAACGCGGCGGCGGAAAACGAAGCACAAGGAGCAUAGUGGGAAAUCGCAUUACAGGGAUGUGUACGAGCUCUCUGCCACCACCACCAGCACUAGUAAUGCUGCCGUUAAUACAGGACAUUAUCUUCCCCGUACCGCGCCGCGCCGCCCAGAGUGGGAUGCGGGUACACAAGUUGUUAAUCGGGACACGACACGAGUCCGCCCGGCGACGACAGCAACGACAAGUUCUGUCGCCCACACGAAUUCAGAGGCUCGGACUUCAUCACGGCUGACCUCCGUGGCGGGCACACCGCUCUCACGGGGAUCCAAACACGAGCGAGGGUCGUCAGGAAAGCCAGAUUUGUCGAGUGAGACGGGAUUAACGUCAUCCGAUGUCCGGCGGACACAAGCGUCAGCACCCGUGGCGCAGUGCACCACGUCUUUUAGAGCGCAGGCCAGUUCUCACGCCAUGGCAAAUCGUGCCUGGAAUAUCAAUAGUAACGAUAAAUCCUUACCACUGACGAAGUUUACUUCGUCGUCAACCAAGGUGUGUCCUCUGUCACUGAUGAGAUGCAUACACAUAUUGCAGGCCUUUGCACGCUCACGGGUCUCUCUUUUUGAGAAGGAAUGGAGGAAGCUUCCCUGUGAGACGGGCUUUGUUUCACCCCAAAGCCAUUCACAUUCUUCGUUCUCUGUAUCUUUACCCUCGUCGUGGAGUGGAAGACAUCUUCACGAGACAGACGGUGCGUCGCGGCUUGUGUGCGGUGAUGAUUCUUUCUUGAAGAAUGGAGGACUUUUUGUAGGGACGCCGUCUGCUCAUGCUACGAUGUCUUUGAAUUCAUGUGAGAUCCUCCUGGCUUUUUUGGCGGCCCGUCGUUCAGCCUCUCUGGUGUGUCAGAGGUCAAUUGAGCAACGAUACACGAAAGUAAUGGAAGGGGUUUUGCGGCAACAUGCUUCCUGCGCUGGUUCUCCGUCUACAACGGUGAAAAUGAGGGUGCUGCGUGACUCGGCACGGAACCGAUCAUUGGAAGAGACGGAGCCUCUGAGCACAAUUUUGGGGGGAGCGGCUUUUUCUCCUCACCGGACCGAGAGCUUCCCGAAUAGGAAUGGCGAACUGUGCCAUAGAAGUAGCGAAGGUGUGAGUUCCGGUGAGGGCAAAAAGAAUGGUUUUUACAUCUCCGAGGGAAGGCUUCACCGAAGGUAUAACUCGCUUCUGCGGAUGGUGCCACAGGGGAAAGAGACACCUGACACAUGUUUCGAUGCUGUAAAGGCAAACAAUCGGUUCAAUGGGGAUUUGGCAUCGGAUACCGCAGGCGCAAUGGGGUCUCAAUUGUACUCAAGCAUGCCAGUAACACCCCGGCUUUCAGAGGAUUCAGGCAGUCGGAACAGUCGUGCGGAUGAGAUUCCCACGUCCACAUGGCGAGCACGACGCUGGUCUGAUUUUCCCUACACGCGUCAGUCGGAGAAAAAUCCACAGAAGGUGAUUGUUCACCCUCACAUUGUUCCUCAGCAGCGUAAUGGGACUAUGGGGGCUGUAAAUUGCGAGGACUUGGAUGCGCCAAAUGGAAAGGUAUUCAGCAAUGGCGUUCAGAAUGGUCUUCCACCACGUCACCCCAUCAUCCGACGGACGCCGUUGUUGACGUGUGAGAAUCAUGACGACAUCGCGCAUACCACAGCAGUGAUCAUUCGACAACGGCUUCUGAGGGAGGAGGCUGCCAUCGUAAUUCAAGGGGCCUGGCACAAAUGGAGGGAGCGACGACAGUUGGGGGCGGUGCGAAGAGUUAGCUAUAGAUAA